CUGGUCCACUCCUGCUUUUCCUCAACAACAAACGCUUCAACUCUCCACUGCAGCACGCACGGGCACCGAAGCAAGAACUAAUGUCUUUUCCACAGCUUUCCUAACGAUCGGAAACACGGAAAAGUUCAUAGCUACGUUUUGAGAGAUAUUUUAGGUGAAAACAUCGCGGCUUGGUCGGAUUUUACAGCGGACCUUACAGCAGCUGCUCCGGACAGUCCACACUCCUCCUGCAGCGCGCAUGCCCACAGGAGCAGAGGCAGACUGAGGGCUUAUUUACACCGACUGAGGCUCCAUGCUUUUGAAUAAGACCAUCUGGGACCUCAAGACUGGGCAUCCGUAACAGAUCUGGUGAGCCCUCUGAGCUGGCAGCAUGGCCCUGGUUCAGGCUCUGCCCAUGUCUGCUGAUGCCCCCGGUCUCUCUGGAGGGGCACGGAGAAGGCACCACUCCAACCCCUCACCCCCCACCAACCCGCCCCCCUCUGCCCUGGAGCCUAUGGGGUCAGUGGGCAGCCUGGUACCCUCGCGGGCCGCUCCGUACCAGGAUCACCGCUCGGAUUUGGGAGCGAGGGUGAGGAAGGUUACUCCCGGGAAUGCUGGUUACGGAUUGGAGGUAUCAAUAGACUCCUUAAUGCCAGUCCACACCUCCCCAAUGAAGAAGCAGGGGGUAACAAUGUCCAGUAGGGGGCAAGAGGUAGAAAAAGGACACUAUACUUAUCUGAAUGAGGAGUAUGUGGACGACUGGAGUGAAAAUCUUGGAAACCCGAUCUGUCCUGGAGGUGAGACCGAUGACACAAAGGAGGGGAUUAACGGGAACAUGGGCGGACCUCCUCCAAAACUCAUCCCAGUGUCAGGAAAACUGGAGAAGAACAUGGAAAAAACUGUUCUUCGUCCAACUGCGUUCAAACCCGUCAUUCCCAAAAGCCGCACAUCGAUGCAGUACCUGUCACCACGGCACUGCGCCAUCGCCCCCGACAACCAAUCCAACCUGAACCUGCUGAGCCCCACCCACAGAGAGGUCUCACCCCCCUCCCCCGACAAACGCAGCUCCUACAGCGGCAGCAGAAACGCAGGCAGCAGUAAUCAGUCCUGCUCCCUAUCCGAUUCAGGGAGGAACUCUCUCUCCAGCCUGCCGCCGUAUGGAGGAGUGGGGUAUGGCAUGGCAUCCAGUGAGGUCUCCAGUGGUCAUCUGGAGAAGAGCGUUCAACCAGGAAAUGCACACGGACACUCAAAUUCAGAUAGUGGGAGAUCUUCGUCGAGUAAAAGUACAGGGUCGGGGUCGCUGACUGGGAGGGGGCAGCCUUUGUCGGACAGUGGGUCAAACGGGCGCUCCCCUGGUCCCGUGGAAGGAUACGAGGGAAUCGUGAGAGACCUGGAGGAUAAGCUCAGAGAGAGGGACAUGGAGCUACAACUGCUCAGAGACAAUCUGGAUGAGAAUGAAGCAGCCAUUUGUCAGGUGUAUGAGGAGAAGCAGAAGCGUUUCGAGCUGGAGAUCGAGGAGUUGAGGCAGAACUGUGCGACCAGAAUGCAGACUGCCUCUCAGAAAGCUCAACGUGCGCAACAGGUCCUACAACUACAGGUGUAUCAGUUACAGCAGGAGAAGAGGAAGCUACAGGAGGAUUUUGGUCAACUCCUUAAAGAGCGCGAGCAGCUGGAGGAGAGGUGCACUUCAUAUGAACAUGAGAAAAUACAACUGGGACCCCGACUGGAGGAGACCAAGUGGGAGGUGUGCCAGAAGUCAGGGGAGAUCUCUUUACUGAAGCAGCAGCUGAAGGAGGUGCAGGGGGAGCUAGCGCAGCGCGUUGGAGAAAUCGUUUCAUUGAGAGGCCAGCUGCGAGAAACCAGAGGAGAGCUCACCAACACACAGGUCCUGCUACAAGAAACUCACGGCAUAAACCGAACCAGGACUUUAGAGCUGGAAGUUUGCGAAAAUGAACUACAGCGACGCAAAAGCGAAGCAGAACUACUAAGAGAGAAAGUGGGACGACUCGAGGGCGAGAUCGUGCAACUUAGAGACGCGUUAGCCAAUCAGGGGCCAGGAAAUCGUCAGUGUCAAGUUUUCCAGGAAGCAGAGGAACAUCUUUUGGCGUUUGAAAGCGACGAAGCAAAAGCACAGAGACAAAGCCAUACAGAGGCGAUGCAGAAUAUUAAACUACAAAUGGACAGGAUGAAGAGUGAACUCACUUUUGAACGGCAGAGAGCGGAGGAGCAGUUGGUGAAUUUUGAAGAGGAGAGAAAAGUAUGGCAAGAAGAAAAGGACAAAGUUAUUCGCUAUCAAAAGCAGCUUCAGCAGAAUUAUGUUCAGAUGUAUCGGAGGAACAGAGAGUUGGAGCAGCAUCUACAGGAGCUGAGCCAAGAACUGGAGAGCAGAGAUGAUGACGACGGGAGCGGAAAUGAAAUAAACUUUGAUGAAAUCGCCGCAACAGAAAUAUGAAAAAAUAUGACCCAACCAUCUCAUUUGCACUAGUUUCAUUGGUUUUCUGUUCCUCCCAUAUGACACAGAGUAGAGAUCAGGUAUAGUACUAUGAUCUGGUAUCACUGCAAAUGUGUGGAUGGAUGGCAUAUAAUAGGCUAAAAUUAAUUAAAGAUGUGCUGUGUAACAUUUCUGGUGUUUGCUACCACCUUAUCUCCUCUCUAAGCUCACCUAGAUUCCCAGCGCAAAACAGUGCGGCGCAGGACACAUUUUGAAAGCCUCAUUGUGGGCGCGGGCGGGAGCAAACUAAAUAUGAGUGUAAAGUGAAAUAUACAAAUGAUGAAUGUUUGCCUAUUAUACAUCAUUUGUGCUGGAUAUUUUAUUUGGCUUUAAUAAUAACCCUUUAAAUAGUCUAAACUAGAGGACAUGGGUUAAUCUCGUGCACAUUUUAGACAAUACCUUUCCGCUUCUCUGUUUUUGAUAGUUUUAGAAAGCGAAUGUUUGCGGGUGGGAGUCCGACAAAAUAUCACUGGUGCGUGCGGGAUCGGGACUGAAAAUUAUAAUUCUUUGUGGGCGCGAACUAGCCAGACUAGCGCCACCUAGUGCCUCCGCUCAAUUUCAUUUCUCUCCAGCGACUAGGUCAGGAAUCAGAAUGCACUAGAUGGUUUGCAAGAACCUCAGAAGUGCGAGUUUGGGCACCAGCCAAUCAGUGAAGAGUCAUAUAUUCUGUGUUGGUAAUGAUUCCAGAGAUCGAGAAUUUAAAGUCAGAACAAAGAAUGUUUGGUGAAUUUUAUCAAGGGGAAAGACAUUAUUGCCCUUCUUCCUACAGGAUUUGGGAAAAGCUUAAUAUACUAGUUAGCCCUGUUAGCGACGCAUUACAUACGUCACGACCAAACAGCAGCGAUUGGUUAAAUUAAAAAAAAGUACCUGCCUAUCGUCAAGUGAACAAAUCCUAAUACUGCAAGGUCAGACGGUUUCCACAAAGUGAAACCGUCUGAUGAAGAAGGCUAGGGCUGAAAACUCUGUCCUGCACAGACCUCUACUUGGAAUGUUCCAUAGCAGGGCAUUACACAAAUCUAUCUUGUAUUUAUGUCAUUAUGAAUUACUUUUUUGCUCAAGAAAAACUCAAAAAAACACGUAUUCUUACUGCGAGUGGGCUUGCCUCUCCUCAGAUCUAUCCAGGUGUAUCUAACUAGGUUUAGUGGCAUCACAUGCUUGACUAAUGCUCUGCUGUGGAACAUUCCAGACAAAACAGUAACAUCUCCAUGGAGACAAGCAGAUAGCAAACCCUCUACAGAAAAAAUAUAACGCAGUGCAGCUUUAAGUGUAUAAUUUGUCCUCAGUGCUCUUGUUGUAGAAAUUUUUAAGUUAAAAAAAUUUGUUUCAGCAGUCUUUUUGUGAUGGUUACUGGGUCUGGGUAUCUCCAAAUCGUCCUCUUGUGCUGGUUCCAGUCUGUCAUGGUCAGAAUGUUCAAAACUGGUCCAUUGUAAGAACAGUAGUAAAGCUAAUGAGCUACUGGUUUAACGCUAUAGUUGCCAUUAAAAGCUUCUAAUCUCAAACUGUUGCCUUUUUAAGUGUCAUGGGUUCAUAAAUACACAGAAGUUGCAGUAUUCCCAACUGGGACCUGCCUCUCGGGUCUCUCCUUCUCAGUAGAUCAUGAACUCUAUUAGCCGUUAGUAGGUCAGGCCAGGCCUCAAGUACGAACUUUUCUUUGUACCAAUUUCUCAUCUUUGUAACAAAAAUCAGAUUGUGGAUGUCGUUUUGGAAAAAAUGCAAUGUGCUAAACCUGUACAUGUCAUCAUUAAAGGUGUACUAUGUAGCUUUCCACCUGCUUGUUUCCAUAGAGGUGUAAUUGCUUUGCCUGAAAAGUAUGGCAUAGAUAUCUGUGAAGAGCUAUUUUUUUAAGAAUGACAACACCUGUAAUUUAAUACAUUUGAGAUAGAUUGGCAUACUGAGGAACAUUCCAGGCAAAACUUUAUAUCACUAUGGCGAGAAGCACAUGGCAGGCUCAUUUCCCUACCCUAUAAAUGACCUAAAACAUAUUAAAGGUAGAAGUACCACAGAAAAAGUGAAUGGACCAUAAAACUGACCACAAAAACAGUUUAGAAAAUUAGACUGCGAGUUUAUAUUCUUCUUAUUUUUUUUUUUUUUUUAAUCAGCUUUUGUGCAUCAUUUUGUCAUUUCUGUUAUUAUAAAGGAAAAACUUGAUAUUCAAAGUCUUGCACACCUUUAGAUAAAUUCUGUAUCUCCCACCUCUCUACAUUUGUGACAGUUCUGUGACUAACUCUCAACCUUUCACUCUCCUCCCACUGUGGUGUUUGUAUGACUGGUCGGCCCGCUGGCUUUAGCACUCUCCACUCCCUCUGAAUGUGUUAAGAGUAAGGUCUCUAUAGUCCAGUUAAUUCACAUGAAGCCAGUAUUUAACUACAAAUGUGGGAGUCUACACAUCCUGUGCUCUGUGCUGAGUCAUUCAGACCUGAAGGAGGCGCCAGCAGCAAUAUUUGUGACGUGAUAAAGCAGUGUUUUCAUCAAGUGUUCAAGGUUGUUUAAAUGUAGGAGUUUUUAAAUGCCACAGUUGUGUUACUAUCACAUUAUUUCUUUGUUUUAGAUUUGCUACCAAACCAAACUGUUAGUCAGUGAUUGAAAGAGAACUGAUUAAGGACAUCAGUGCCGAUAUUGACAAAUUUUGAUGAAUUGGACAAUUUCCAAAAUAUCCCUUCAGCUGAUAUCACCUGAUUAUAGAUCAAAAUGGGAUAAGAUUUAAGAAUUUACAGGGCAGUGCUCACCCAAAACAUCUUAUAAUAUUUUUACAGAGCUGCUUUAGUAUCAGCAUCGAUAUCAGAAGAGAAAAUGCAGAAUCUCUAGUGCUGACAAUUUGUACUCAAGUAAAAGUACAGUUAUUGACGUUACUCAAUUACAAGUGCUAAAACUGUACUUCAGUAAAAAGUACAGACUUUUAAACAGAAUUUUAGAUCACUUUUCUACACAAGUGUCAGGACCAAAACAACUACACUAUUAAUGUAGCCAAGUGCUGAUUUAAACCAGAAAAUGCGUUCACAACCAUGGACUGUAUAAGUGUGAUCAUGACCCAGAUUGAUAAUAUUGACGACAAUCAUGGUUAAGUUAAUUAUUACACAACGUUAUCACAUUUUAUCUCAAGCGCUUUCAAAUAAGAGCAAAAGCAAAAUGGACAAAGUAGCCGUGACUAUAGUCAGCCUGUUUUGAAUAUUAAUAUUUGACAAAUUAUAUUAGAGAGUUCAUAACUCUUACUGGAUAUUAUGUUAUUUUAACUGUUUAAUACAUUUCCAUAAAUAUACUAUUUGUAAAGUAUAAUUAAACUAAGAUUCUGUAUAUUAUUGGUUGCUGUUCUGUCUCAAAGCAUCAGAAUAAUCCUCUUUCAGUUCAACUGUAUAUUGCUACUAUAGGAAAUAUUAACUAGUCUUUGUAUUUAAGUUCCUACUCCACUGUACAUUGACUUCCCUGUUUGGAUCAGAACACACCCACACCAACAGAAGGCUCUUGUUGCUGCUGACUGAAUAUAACUUUGUAUAAAUAUUUUCCACAUCUGGACAGAAACUGGUUAUAAAUGAAGUUUUUCAGAGAUGAGAGAUGAAACACAGACACUGUGAAUGACCAAAGCAAUGUCCCUUGUAUUUUGCCCCUCCACAGUAAUGCUUGUACAUUAUCGGAUCUAUGUGGAAGUUUGUUUUUCAGUGUAAUUUUAUAAUUUACAAUAUUUGUAUGAGGACAUUAAAUGUAUAUUUUCAUGCUGUACAUUCUUGAACAAAUUUAUGUUUUAUUAAAAAUACCUGAUGUA